AUGGAUACCUUGGGAAUGAUGAACGAUGGCUGCCUGCCACCAGACAAUGACAUGGUGACGGGAGGAGGGUCAAGCGGAGGAGGCCGGCUCCGCAGCGCUGACCUGAUCCUGGGCUUCAAUAAGGACCAGUACAUCCUGCUCACUCCCGUAGGGUCCGAACGGAUCCAUGAGGUGGACACUGAGGGCCUGGAGAACUACCAGGGGAAGCAGGGCCAGUCAGACCCCUACAGAUACCUGGCCAGCCUGGAGGACAGCACCCACCACUCUGCCUUUCACGAGUCACGCCUUUUCUCCAGGGACGAGUGUGCCGGGGACCUGGGAGAUCUCCAGAAGGAGCUGGGCAGCGGGGAGAAGUCCCCCGAGCCUCCAAAGGAGGAGCGCCCUAAGAAGAAGCACCGGCGUAACCGCACCACAUUCACCACCUUCCAGCUCCAUGAGUUGGAGAAGGCCUUCGAGAAGUCCCACUACCCCGACGUCUACAGCCGGGAGCUCCUGGCCAUGAAGGUCAACCUCCUUGAGGUCCGUGUCCAGGUGUGGUUCCAGAACCGUCGGGCUAAGUGGAGACGUCAGGAGAAGAUGGACUCCAACUCAACAAAGCUCCGCCACUCCCCCAUGUUGUCUUUCAACCGGUCGCCCAUGCCCUCCAAUGUGGGGCUCAUGUCCAACCCAUUACCCCUGGACCCCUGGCUGGCAUCGCCCAUGUCCAGCGGCAACCCAAUGCACACUAUCCCCGGAUAUGCAGGCCCAGGGCAGGGCCCUCACUUUCAGCCUGCCUACCCCAGCCACUCCCACUCCCACUCUCACAGCCACAGCUUCCUCGACAGUCCCCCAGGACAUGGCAUGGUGCACCAAGGGAUGGUACAGGGCAUGCAGGGGAUGCAGUCUGUGGCCCCGUCACUCUACCAGUGCCCCUGCAGCUUCAAUGAUAAGUACCCUCUGCUAAGGACCUGGAACAUGGUUCCAGCAUCGCAGCACUGAGGUUGAAGGCUAAGGAGCACAUCCGUUCCAUGGAUAAAACCUGGAAGCCUGACAUUCAUUUAAGGAUGGUCAACCACAACAAGUGAUCACAACAAAGAU